AUGAAGGGAUUUGCGAUCCUGGGCCUUGUCAGCUCAGCAGCCUCACAGCUUGUCAGCACAGGCGCGUCAUUCAAGAUCAAGGACAACUAUUACUAUGCGUCACCAUUCCCCCAAGGGAGGGCUUUUGACGGUUCCCUAAACUCCACAUCACUUCUGCAAGUCUUUGGUUUUGCGCCUGUCACUGUGGUAGCCGAUAACACCGCACAGUCUGCUCUGGGAGAAUUAUUUGGGAAUUGGUCGACGAAAGAUGAUGUUUGGAAUUCAGAAUUCCUCUCCGUGAUCUUUAUCGCUAACUCCCAAGACAACGUUGCCUCAAAACAAACCUUGUAUGGUGGGUUUGAGGACUCACUAGUCGUCCCUCUUGCUAAAGAGUCGGCUAUUCCGUCGGGCCCCUACUUUCUCAAUGUUGCAUCUGGAGAGCUAUACCAAACUUUCCGCCUCUACAGAGACGUUGUUGGGGCUUUCAGUGCAGGUAUACUUCAAAGUCCGAAGGGUGACUCAUUUCAGCAACUGUCGGCGCAGGUUCCCUCCUCUGACGCCGUCACCAUUGGCGUACCCUCGCGCUUAUAUUCCACACCCUCUCCAGAGAAGCCGCUUGCUGGCAUUCGCCUUGGAGUUAAAGAACUCUAUGACCUUGCUGGUAUGCGAAAAUCAAACGGGAAUCGGGCUUGGUGGCGUUUGUACCCAGCAGCAACCAAAACGGCGCCUUGCAUUCAGAGCCUGGUUGACGCGGGUGCUGUCAUUGUUGGUUACAACAAGAUGUCCCAGUUUGCUAACGGUGAGCAACCGACGGGCGACUGGGUAGAUUAUCAUUCCCCGUUCAAUCCUCGCGGAGACGGCUAUAAUGAUCCCUACUCCUCAUCCUCGGGUGGCGGUGCCUCUAUUGGAGCCUAUGAGUGGCUUGAUAUUUCCAUUGGCACAGAUACAGGCGGCUCCAUUCGAGGGCCAGCUGGGGCGCAAGGUGUAUUCGGGAACAGACCAUCCAAGGGACUGGUUACACUUGACGGCGCAAUGCCUCUGAGCACGACCCUUGAUACUGCUGGAUUCAUCGUCCGAGACCCUGCCCUUUGGGAUGUUGCCAACAAGGUGCUCUAUGGAACGAACUAUACCUCAUACGAAUCCUUCUCAGCUGUCAAGUACCCAAGCAAGGUGUAUACCUACGGUUUUGAUGGCGCCCAUUCCCUGAUAACCAACUUUGCCAACGAUUUGGCAUCGUUUGUUGGCGCUGACCGCCCAACUGCCUUCGAUCUGGACUCUGCAUGGAGCUCCACAGGCCCGGGAGGCGACCCAUUGAAUGCCAUGCUUCGUAACACCUACGCAGCAUUGAUCGGUCUUGAGCAGAUCAAGCUGGUCCGUGAUCCCUUUUACGCCGACUACGCAGCCGCCUAUGACGGCCGACGGCCUUUCGUUAAUCCUGUCCCGCUGAUCCGAUGGGCAUGGGCUGAGGCUCUGCCAGAAGGGUCUUACGAAGCUGCCCUGCAAAACAAGACUGCUUUCAUGGAUUGGUUCAACAAAGAGGUGCUACCACGUUCCAGUGAUGAGGCUCAGUGUUCGGAAUCUAUUCUCCUGUAUCCGGGUAUGGAUGGAACUCCCACACCUCGAAAUGAGUAUUUUGAGGAGCCUGGACCGGCCACGGGGUUCGGCACGAGCCGAAUUAGCGUCUUCAGCGAGGUGCCCGAUAACGUAUUCCCUCUCGGCGAGGCGGCUACAAACAGCUCCAUCACUGGAAAGGAUGAGCUACUACCUGUGACGGUGAAUGUCCUGGUGGCAAAGGGCUGCGACGGGAUCUUGCCUCGGCUUGCCAAGGACUUGGUGGAGAAGGGUAUCUUGAAAGUCCCACAGGCUGGACGAACAAUGGAGGGAGGAGAAAUCUUGCUGAGGAGGGGCGAAUAG